AUGGCGACCAGUGAGACAGGAGACGACUCGUUGUACCCAAUUGCAGUCCUAAUUGAUGAACUCAGAAACGAAGAUGUUCAGCUGAGACUCAACAGUAUAAAAAAGUUAUCUACCAUUGCUCUAGCUUUGGGGGUUGAGAGAACACGCAGUGAACUUAUACCAUUUUUGACAGAUACCAUAUAUGAUGAAGAUGAAGUGUUGUUAGCUUUAGCUGAGCAGCUGGGUAGUUUUACUCCAUUGGUUGGUGGUCCUGCACAUGUUCAUUGCUUACUGCCACCUCUGGAGAGUUUAGCAACUGUUGAAGAGACUGUGGUACGUGAUAAAGCAGUUGAUUCUUUACGUAAUAUAUCAGAAGAGCACUCGGCCUCUGAUUUAGAAUCUCAUUUUGUUCCGCUUGUUAAACGCCUGUCUGGUGGUGAUUGGUUUACAUCAAGGACUUCAGCAUGUGGGUUAUUCAGUGUCUGUUAUCCCAGGGUGUCUAAUAAUAUGAAAGCAGAACUCAGAAAUAAUUUCCGUAACUUGUGUGGUGAUGAUACGCCGAUGGUAAGGAGAGCAGCUGCUAGCAAACUAGGGGAAUUCGCCAAGUCUGUGGAGUUGGAAUAUGUCAAGUCUGAUCUGAUCCCGUUAUUUGUGAAUCUAGCCGGGGAUGAACAGGAUUCUGUUCGUUUACUUGCUGUUGAAGCGUGCGUCAGUAUUGCAUCUUUGUUAAAGCCUGAAGAUGUUGAGAGUUUAGUGAUGCCUACUUUACGUCAAUGUGCAGAAGACAAAUCAUGGAGAGUUCGUUACAUGGUGGCUGACAAAUUUACUGAAAUUCAAAAAGCCGUUGGCCCAGAGAUAGCAAAGACAGAUCUAGUGCCAGCUUUUCAGAGUCUUUUGAAAGAUUGUGAGGCUGAAGUCAGAGCUGCUGCAGCACAUAAAGUUAAAAAAUUUUGUGAAGAUUUAGAUCCAUCAGUUCGUGAAACUGUUAUUAUGAAUAAUAUAUUACCAUGUGUGAAGGAAUUGGUAUCUGAUGCAAAUCAACAUGUGAAAAGUGCAUUGGCAUCUGUAAUAAUGGGAUUAUCCCCAAUAUUGGGCAAAGACAAUACAAUUGAACAUUUGCUGCCCUUGUUUCUGGCACAAUUGAAAGAUGAAUGUCCUGAAGUUCGACUCAACAUCAUUUCUAACCUAGACUGUGUGAAUGAGGUUAUAGGCAUCAGACAACUGUCCCAAUCGCUCCUUCCAGCUAUUGUUGAACUUGCUGAAGAUACUAAAUGGCGUGUGCGGCUGGCUAUUAUUGAGUACAUGCCCUUAUUAGCAGGUCAACUGGGAGUGGAAUUCUUUGAUGAAAAACUUAAUACUUUAUGUAUGGCAUGGCUUGUAGACAAUGUUUAUGCUAUCCGAGAGGCAGCAACCAAUAAUUUGAAGAAAUUAGUUGAAAAAUUUGGAACAGAAUGGGCUCAGAAUGCUGUUAUACCAAAAGUUCUGCUAAUGGCACGUGAUCAGAACUACCUGCACCGUAUGACUUGUUUGUUUUGUGUCAACGUACUGGCAGAUGCAUGCGGAGCUGAAGUAACUGUCAAACUUAUGUUGCCUGUUGUACUCAAUCUUGGAGGUGAUGCUGUUGCUAACGUCAGGUUUAAUGUAGCAAAAACAUUACAAAGAGUUGGCCCAAUACUGGAUUCAAAUACUGUACAAUCACAAGUAAAAUCAUGUCUGGAUAAAUUAGGUACCGAUUCUGAUGUCGAUGUGAAGUUCUUCGCUCAAGAAGCUUUGGCAGCUUUGUCAUUGGGCUAAAUAUCAGCAGUGGAGUGUGUAAAGAGUAAACAAACAAGCCAGUCAUUGAGUAGUGGAAUCAUAUAUCAGUAUCUCAUACAUAGUCAUGUUAUGUUCUCUUCAUGUUUUUGUACAAAGCAGCGUGUUCUUCUUCUCAGCACACCAGUUAUCCAUGGCAACACUAUGGUGUAAAGUGAUUGUUAUUGAAUUCCCUGUAGUGAAGUGAAUCCUUGUAAAUGAACAACGUAUACGUUUGAUUUCCUGUCGUUGUGUGCCAUUUUGCUAUCUUAUUGAACUGUGACUCCCAAAUCAAUCCAAGUACAAUGUAAGCUUUUCUUGGGUAUAUAAAACAGCUUCCCUAACUUGCUGUCAAAUAUACUCCCAUUUUACUAAAUCCACUAUUUUCUAAACUUAAACUUUUGGUUGUUUUUUUUUUAAAUAUUUAGUUUUCAAUGCUUACACAAUAGCAGUUCAGAAGAGUAUUACCGAUGUAAUUCCCGGUGGUUUAUCGUAUAUUCUUGAAUCGAAUAAACAGCUUGUUCGUCUUUAUUGAAAUCUACUUGCUGUAGUACAUGGCUUAUGUGAUAGUAAAUGGCAACACAUCUUUCUUAAUAGGGUAGAUCAAAGUAACUGUAUUUUGAAACAAUUACUAACUAUGGGAGUGUUUUAUUGAAAUUUGGAAAACAAGUUGAUUUGAAAAAUGUAUCUUGACACCAGACUCUACCAGUCUUGUCCCAUUUCAUUUGUGUACAGUUUACUGGGCAGUAUGUCUUUCUAUUGUGCUUAAUUUUUGAAUCAAUAUCUAGAUAGUACAGAAAAUAUAAUUCAUUUGUAAUUUUUCGAUAAUGGUAGACUGCCCCCAACCCCCCUCCAAGUAGCAGUGUAAUAGGAGGUGGUCGUCUUUCCUCCUUCGAGACAGUUUUAUGUUUGAAGCUAAUUUUCUUUAUGUACAGUGUGUUUGUAUUUGGACACAAUAAAUAUAUGUACCUUGCAAUGGUUCUGUCUUUAUAU